UGGGGUGGCGGGGGUGGCUGUUGAUGCUGGAUUGAUAAGACAGAUGACAUGAUCAUACAUUAGACGUUGGACGAUCUACCUAGACGUAAUCUCCACGCUAGUGGGCCUGCUCUUCAAGUUACAUUUAGGUUCUUGACGACGGAUGAUGACAAUGAUGCUGAUGAUGAUGACGAAAACGACAAUGGACGGCGGCGGUUCAAGUGCGCUGCUGAAGCAACUCUUACUAGUCGGCACCGCAAUUGCCAGGAUAGGCCAGUCUAGCUGUAGACCGCGGACCAGACCGACGUGUUUCGUCCGAAGAGUAGUGCUGCUGUGGGAUCCAGUUGGAUGACGAAAGUUCUCGUUUAGCUUGGAUGAUAACAGAUAAAACCGGAAGAGUCGCGUUUGUUUGAAGCCGUUGAAGGAAGAAGGAUUUUGAUUGAUUUAGUACAGUGUGAUUUACUUACAUCAUUUCCAAACUAGAUUAUCACCAUGGAAGAAGAUGCCCAUAUGAUGGAAGAGUUUGAUGAGGACUCCAUGCCCACCGUUACAACACAUUUAUCGACGGAUCAAAUUUCUAGCACUACCAGCCUACCUUCAACAAGCGCGAUUGUCACUAGCCUUAUGACAGAAGCAGCGAAGAUUCUUAGCUCUACACUGCCCUCUUCUACUAGCACAUCGUAUUCUACCUCUACUGAAAGUUCGGCGGCGACCACAUUCUCUAGUGUAGCAGAUGGCACGUCUACGCACCCACCGAUGACCGUUCACGUGGCCGACAGCGAGGAAUUGCUCUUCUCCGUGGUCGAUUAUGGGAUAUUUGUGUCGAUGUUGCUACUGUCGGCGCUCAUUGGAGUAUACUUUGGCUUUUUGUCCAAGGUAAAGCAGGAUAACACCAAGGAGUACCUGCUCGGAGGGAAAACUAUGAACAAGUUUCCCGUGUCAGCUUCACUGAUUGCAACUCACGUUUCAGGGAUAACCCUUUUAGGCGUGCCUUCAGAACUGUAUGGUCACGGAACUCAGUAUUGGUUGUGCAUUAUCAGCGCAUUUUCCGUCAACAUCUUGAUGGAGAGAAUCUAUUUGCCGGUAUUCUACGACCUACAGGUAACAUCGGUGUUUACGUAUCUGGAAACACGAUUUGAUCGAACGGUUCGAUCGGUGGCUAGCUUCGUCUAUGCGUUGGCCUGCAUGAUCUACAUCCCCAUUGUAGUGUAUGUACCAGCGUUAGCUUUCAGUCAAGUAACUGGCAUCAAUCUGCAUUUGAUCACGCCUGUGAUAUGCAUAAUUUGUAUCUUCUAUACGACCGUUGGAGGAUUACGGGCCGUUGUCUGGACCGACACUCUGCAAUUCAUUCUCAUGAUCGGAGCAAUGUUGGCAAUUAUAUUCUUGGGUAUCGCCAGCGUAGGUGGAUUUAUCGAUGUGUGGGAAGCGGCAGAGCGAGGAGGACGCUUGGUGUUUUUGAACAUGAACCCAGAUCCAUUCGUACGAACGUCCUUUUGGACGGUUACAUUCGGUUUGUCUACCAUGUGGAUCGCCAACUUGGGAGUUAGUCAAGGCUGCGUUCAACGAUUCCUAGCGGUUCCUGAUUUGAAGGUUGCUAAAAAAUCGUUGAUCAUUUUCACCGCUGGAUUGAUUUUCAUAAAGAGCUGUUCUUGUUUCACGGGACUUCUCAUGUACGCCAAAUACGAGUCGUGUGAUCCAUACACAAUCAGAAAAAUCAACAAAUUGGAUCAAAUCUUACCAUACUACGUAAUGGAUGUCGGAGGAAAAAUCCCCGGGCUUCCAGGGCUGUUCGUGUCCGGAAUCUUCUCGGCAGCCCUAUCAACCAUGUCAUCCAGCUUAAACACCUUGGCUGGAACUAUCUACGAAGACUUCAUUCGACACCGCUAUCCAAAUUCGAGUGAAAAAACCGCGAGUAACGUGAUGAAAAUAUUGGUUGUGAUACUCGGGGUCAUCGUAAUUGCAUUGGUGUUCGUCGCAGAAAAAAUGGGUCAAGUUAUGCACAUGGCCAUUUCUCUCUCAGGAGUAACCUCAGGCACCCUAUUGGGAAUGUUCUCCUCGGGAAUGCUCACCACUACAAUCAACACCAAAGGUGUCAUCGCAGGAUCCGUCGUUUCGAUGAUCACCAUCAGUACCAUUCUGAUCGGUGCCCAACUGAAUCCCAAGCAUCCGUUCAUGCCAUUCAGGACCGAUGGAUGCGAUGCAAGCUUACUUCAAAACGUAACGCUAGUAACGCCUCCGCCAAGUACCAUUCAGGACGACGUUCCGCACAUAUUCAAGCUCAGUUUCAUGUACUACACGUUACUUGGUGUGAUCAUCUACUUCGUGGUGGCUUACGUAGUGAGCAUUAUGACCGGAGGAGGAGAAGUCAACGAUCAGCGCUUGUUGGCACCUUUCAUGCGGGAUCAGAAGCAGUACGAGAAGGAACAAGCAUUGAGGAGGCACAAUAUUCAGUACACGGAAAUUGAUCUUGCGCUGAAGGAACUGCAAAAGGCUUCGGAUCUGAAAAAGUGAUGUAGGACAGGACAGGACUAAAGAUUACGUUGAUUAUUAUUAUUGAUAAGUAAAUAAAAAUCAAUUAUGAUAUUAAGAAGAAA